AUGGCGGAAGAACAACCGUGUCAAGCUCCUGAAGGCCACCGUCUCUGCGCCAACAACUGCGGUAUAAUCGGUAAUCCGGCCACCAUGAACCUCUGCUCGAAAUGCUACGGUGAUAUCCGGUUGAAGAAUCAACAAGACGCUUCCACCAAAUCCACCAUCGAAAACGCUCUCUCAUCUUCUUCCUCCGCCGCAUCAAUCGCAUCCGUCGCAUCUAUUGCAUCCAUCGCCUCACCGCCGCUUUUCUUGUCAGAGUCCGCCGUUGUUUCGACGGUGGCUCCGACAGAGAUCGCGCCGAGUUAUGUGACUCAGAUACCGGUUCAACCGAACCGAUGCUUGAGUUGCAGAAAGCGCGUGGGAUUGACCGGGUUUAAGUGUAAGUGUGGGUCUAUGUUUUGUGGGGCCCACAGGUACCCGGAGAGACACGGGUGUGGGUUUGAUUUUAAGACGGUGGGGAGAGAGGAAAUAGCGAGAGCGAAUCCUUUGAUAAGAGCGGAGAAGCUGCAGAGGAUAUGA